AGGAAUUUCCGGUUCCGGGACGGCCGUGGCCGCGGUGAGCGGGAGCGAUGGACGGGCUGUGAGUCUGCCGCGGCUCUCGGCGCCUGUCCUCCGCCUCCUCCGCCUGGUCUGGGCUCUCGACUGGUGUCCUCUGCCGCUCUACGCCCACUGCGGCGGCCUUGGUCGCACUCGGGCCUCCACUCACGGCGCGAACGAAUGAAUGAGUGACGGAUUUCCUGCCGCUUUCUCCGUAGGUGACGUGUAGGCAGCUAGGAGCGCGAUCCCGGCGGGCUCGAUGAACCGGGCCAAGCCCACCACCGUGCGCAGGCCCAGCGCCGCAGCCAAACCCUCAGGGCACCCUCCACCAGGGGACUUCAUUGCUCUGGGCUCCAAGGGCCAGGCCAAUGAAUCGAAAACAGCGUCCACCCUGCUGAAGCCAGCCCCGUCCGGCCUGCCUUCAGAGCGCAAGCGGGAUGCUACCACUGCCCUGUCCGGUGCCUCCUCACUGACUGGCCUCACCAAACGCCCCAAACUCUCUUCCACGCCCCCGCUGAGUGCCCUGGGGCGCCUGGCUGAGGCUGCAGUAGCAGAAAAACGAGCCAUUUCUCCUUCAAUCAAAGAGCCGUCUGUUGUGCCAAUUGAAGUUCUUCCCACAGUGCUGCUGGAUGAGAUUGAAGCAGCUGAGCUGGAAGGCAACGACGACAGGAUUGAGGGCGUGCUGUGCGGGGCGGUGAAGCAGCUAAAGGCGACGCGGGCCAAGCCUGACAGCACACUGUACCUGAGCCUCAUGUAUCUGGCCAAGAUCAAGCCCAAUAUCUUCGCCACAGAAGGUGUCAUCGAGGCCCUGUGCAGCCUCCUCAGGCGAGAUGCCUCUAUCAACUUCAAGGCCAAGGGCAACAGCCUGGUGUCUGUUCUGGCCUGUAACCUCCUUAUGGCUGCUUAUGAGGAGGACGAGAACUGGCCUGAGAUCUUUGUCAAGGUAUACAUCGAAGACUCGCUGGGUGAGCGGAUCUGGGUGGACAGCCCUCACUGCAGGACGUUUGUGGACAAUAUCCAGACGGCGUUUAAUACCAAGAUGCCCCCCAAGAGCAUGCUGCUGCAGGGGGAAGUGGGGCGCAGUGGGGGUGACCUUGGGGCUGGGAGCAGUCCCCACCCUUCUCUCACGGAGGAAGAGGACAGUCAAACAGAGCUGCUGAUUGCUGAGGAGAAGCUGAGCCCCACACAGGAGGGCCAGCUCAUGCCCAGGCCUAGGUACGAUGACCUCGCAGAGAGCAUGGAGGAGUACGUGCUGGACAUGCUGCGGGACCAGCUCAACCGGCGGCAGCCCAUCGACAAUGUCUCCAGGAACCUCCUGCGGCUGCUCACCUCUGCUUGCGGCUACCGGGAGGUGCGGCUGCUGGCUGUGCAGCGGCUGGAGAUGUGGCUGCAGAACCCAAAGCUGACCCGGCCAGCGCAGGACCUGCUGAUGUCUGUGUGCAUGAACUGCAACACACAUGGCCCAGAGGACAUGGACGUCAUCUCCCACCUGAUCAAAAUCCGCCUCAAGCCCAAGGUGCUCCUCAACCACUACAUGCUGUGCCUCAGGGAGCUGCUGAACGCCCACAAAGACAACCUGGGCACCACCAUCAAGUUUGUGAUUUUCAACGAACUGUCCAAUGCCCGGAAUCCCAACAACAUGCAGAUCCUCUACACCGUGCUGCAGCACAGCUCUGAGCUGGCGCCCAAGUUCCUGGCCAUGGUGUUCCAGGAUCUGCUGACCAGCAAGGACGACUACCUCCGGGCCUCACGGGCCCUACUUCGGGAGAUCAUCAAGCAGACCAAGCAUGAGAUCAACUUCCAGGCCUUCUGCCUUGGCCUUAUGCAGGAGCGCAAGGAGCCCCAGUACCUGGACAUGGAGUUUAAGGAGCGGUUUGUGGUCCACAUCACAGAUGUGCUGGCUGUGUCCAUGAUGCUGGGCAUCACGGCGCAAGUGAAGGAGGCUGGUGUUGCCUGGGACAAAGGAGAGAAGAGGAACCUUGAGGUGCUGCGCGCAUUCCAGAACCAGAUCGCUGCCAUCCAGCGUGAUGCUGUUUGGUGGCUUCACACCGUCGUUCCCUCCAUCAGCAAGCUCACCCCCAAGGACUAUGUGCACUGCCUCCACAAGGUGCUCUUCACGGAGCAGCCCGAGACCUACUACAAGUGGGACAACUGGCCACCCGAGAGCGACCGCAACUUCUUCCUGCGCCUCUGCUCCGAGGUCCCCAUCCUGGAGGACACACUGAUGCGCAUCCUGGUCAUCGGGCUGUCCCGGGAGCUACCCCUGGGCCCUGCAGAUGCCAUGGAACUUGCCGACCACCUCGUGAAGCGAGCUGCGGCCGUACAGGCGGAUGAUGUGGAAGUGCUGAAGGUGGAGCGAAUCCAGCUAAUUGAUGCAGUUCUGAACCUGUGCACCUACCACCACCCAGAGAACAUCCAGCUCCCUCCUGGGUACCAACCCCCGAACCUUGCCAUCUCUACCCUGUACUGGAAGGCAUGGCCCCUGCUGCUGGUUGUCGCUGCGUUCAACCCCGAGAACAUCGGUCUGGCCGCCUGGGAGGAGUACCCCACGUUGAAGAUGCUCAUGGAGAUGGUGAUGACCAAUAACUACUCCUACCCGCCAUGUACCCUGACGGAUGAGGAAACCCGUACAGAGAUGAUUAACCGGGAGCUGCAGAUCUCCCAGCGAGAAAAGCAGGAGAUCCUAGCGUUUGAGGGCCAUCUGGCUGCUGCGUCCACCAAGCAGACAAUCACCGAGAGCAGCAGCCUCCUCCUGUCACAGCUCACCAGCCUGGAUCCCCAGGGGCCCCCCCGGAGGCCACCUCCUCACAUCCUGGAACAGGUGAAGGGCCUCAACCAGUCCCUGCGCCUUGGGCACCUCCUCUGUCGCAGCCGCAACCCUGACUUCCUCCUCAACAUCAUCCAGAGGCAGGCCUCCUCACAGUCCAUGCCCUGGCUGGCCGACCUGGUACAGUCGAGCGAGGGCUCGCUGGAUGUGCUGCCUGUGCAGUGCCUGUGUGAGUUCUUGCUGCAUGACGCCGCUGAUGACCCCACUUCAGGGGAGGAAGAGGACGAGGGCGAGAGCCGGGAACAGAAGGCCAAGAAGCGGCAGAGGCAGCAGAAGCAACAGCAGCUGUUGGGCCGCCUGCAAGACCUGCUGCUGGGUCCGAAGGCUGACGAACAGACCACAUGCGAGGUGCUUGACUACUUCCUGCGGCGCCUCGGCUCCUCACAGGUGGCCUCCCGAGUGCUGGCCAUGAAGGGCUUGUCGCUAGUGCUCUCGGAGGGCGGGCUUCGCGACAGAGAGGAGAAGGAGCUGCCCAUGGAGGAGGACUCGGGGGAGGCAAGUGCACUGCAGGACUACCAGUGGCUACUGCGGGACCUGCCAAGGCUGCCCCUGUUUGACAGCGUCCGGGCUGCCACUGCCCUAGCACUGCAGCAGGCCAUCCAUAUGGAGACCGACCCGCAGACCAUCAGUGCCUACCUGGUCUACCUGUCCCAGCACAUGCCAGUGGAGGAGCAGGGCCCACACAGUGACCUGGCCCUGGAUGUAGCCCGGCUGGUCGUGGAGCGCUCUACCAUCAUGGCGCACCUGUUCUCCAAGCUUUCCUGCAGCGCCACUUCCGAUGCCGUUCUGGGCGCCCUUCUGUCUGUUUUCUCCCGCUAUGUGCGGCGCAUGCGCAAGAGCAAAGAAGGCGAGGAGGUGUACAGCUGGUCAGAGUCUCAGGACCAAGUCUUCCUGCGCUGGGCCAGCGGAGAGACAGCCACCAUGCACAUCCUCGUGGUCCACGCCAUGGUCAUCCUGCUGACAUUGGGCCCACCCCGAGCUGGCGAUAGUGAGUUCUAUGAGCUCUUGGAUAUCUGGUUCCCGGAGAAGCAGCCACUGCCCACCGCCUUCCUGGUAGACACAUCUGAGGAGGCACUGCUGCUACCUGACUGGCUGAAGCUCCGCAUGAUCCGCUCUGAGGUGCCCCGCCUGGUGGAUGCUGCCCUACAGGACCUGGAGCCCCAGCAGCUGCUGCUGUUUGUUCAGUCCUUCGGCAUCCCUGUGUCAAGCAUGAGCAAACUCCUCCAGUACCUGGACCAGGCAGUGGCCCAUGAUCCCCAGACCCUGGAGCAGAACAUCAUGGACAAAAAUUACAUGGCCCACCUGGUUGAAGUGCAGCAUGAGAGAGGCGCAUCUGGAGGCCAGACCUUCCACUCCCUGCUGACAGCCUCCCUACCCCCUCGGCGAGAUAGUACAGAGGCACCGAAACCAAAGAGCAGCCCAGAGCACCCUGCAGGCCAGAGCAGGACUCGGGCAGGGACGCAGGUCCGAGUGCUGGGUCCUGAGGAUGACUUGGCCGGCAUGUUCCUGCAGAUUUUCCCACUGAAUCCUGACCCGCGGUGGCAGAGCUCCAGCCCCCGGCCUCUCGCCCUUGCGCUGCAGCAGGCCCUGGGCCAGGAGCUGGCCCGAGUCCGCCAGGGGAACCCUGAGGUGCUAGGCAUCACUGUUCGCCUCCUGCAGGCCAUGGCCACCCUGCUGGGCUCCCCGCAUGGUGGGGCCUUGGCCAUGGCCAUGCAUCGUAGCCACUUCCUCUCUUGCCCGCUGAUGCGUCAGCUCUACCAGUACCAGCGCUGUGUGCCCCAGGACACUGGCUUCUCCUCCCUCUUCCUCAAAGUGCUGAUGCAGACCCUUCAGUGGCUGGACAGCCCUGCCGUGGAGGAGGGGCCCCUGCAGGCCCAGCUCAAGCUGUUUGCCACCCAGUACUCAGCAAGACGCAGGAUCAGUGAUGUGCGCAGCGGACUCCUGCACCUGGCCGAGGCCCUGGGCUUUCAUCAUGAUCUGGAGGUUGUCAACUCCACUGUGAGAGCUGUCAUUGCCACCCUGAAGUCUGGGGAGAGGUGCAGUGUGGAGCCAGAGCUCAUCAGCAAAGUCCUCCAGGGCCUGAUUGAGGUGAGGUCCCCCUACCUGGAGGAGUUGUUGACAGCACUCUUCUCGGCUACCACGGAUGCUACCUGCCAGAGCCCGGCCUCCAGCCCCAUCAUGGUGGUGAGCUCCCUGCUGCUGCAGGAGAAGGAGGAGUCCCCCACCCCAGGGAAGCAGGAUGGAGACAGUGUCAGCCUGGAGGCUGCACGGCUGGGACCCUCGUCGGGGCUACUUGUGGACUGGCUGGAGAUGUUGGACCCCGAAGUGGUCAGCAACUGCCCCGAUCUGCAGCGGCAGCUGCUCUUUUCGAGGAGGAAGGGCAAAGGCCACGCAGGUGCCCAGGUGCCGUCUUUCCGCCCCUAUCUCCUGGCCCUCCUCACACACCAGUCCAGCUGGGCCACACUGCACCAGUGCAUCCACGUCCUGCUGGGCCAGAGCCGGGAGCAGAGGUUUGACCCCUCUGCCUCCCUGGACUUCCUCUGGGCCUGCAUUCAUGUUCCACGGAUCUGGCAGGGAAGGGACCAGCGGACCCCGCAGAAGCGGCGGGAAGAGCUGGUGCUCCGUGUCCAGGCUGCGGAGCUCAUCAGCCUGGUGGAGCUGAUCCUGGCUGAGGCGGAGACCAGGAGCCAGGACGGGGAUGCAGCCGCCUGUACUCUCAUUCAGGGCCGGCUCCCCUUGCUGCUUAGCUGCUGCCGUGGCAAUGACGAGAAUGUCAGAAAAGUGACAGAGUACCUGACCGGCUCGAUCCAGCAGUGGGGGGACAGUGUGCUGGGCAGGCGGUGUCGAGACCUGCUUCUGCAGCUCUACCUGCAGCGGCCAGAGCUCCGGGUGUCAGUGCCUGAGGUCCUGCCUCUCAGUGAGGGAGCCACUGGCAGCAGCGUCUGCAAGCUGGAUGGGCUCAUUCAUCGCUUCAUCACCCUGCUCGCUGACACCAGUGACUCCCGGUCCUCUGAAAGCCGAGUAGCAGAUGCCAACAUGGCCUGCCGGAAGCUGGCUGUGGCCCACCCCAUCCUGCUGCUCAGGCAUCUGCCCAUGAUGGCAGCGCUGCUGCACGGCCGUACACACCUCAACUUCCAGGAGUUCCGGCAGCAAGGCCACCUGACCUUCUUCCUGCAUGUGCUGGGCCUGUUGGGGCUGCUGCAGCCGCAUGUCUUCCAGAGUGCACACCAGGGGGCGCUGUGGGAUUGCCUGCGCUCCUUUGUGCGCCUGCUGCUGAACUACCGGAAGUCCUCCCGCCACCUGGCCCCCUUCAUCAGCAAGUUUGUGCAGUUCAUCCACAAGUACCUCACCUGCAGUGCCCCCGCUGCUGUCUCCUUCCUGCAGAAGCACGCAGAUCCCCUCCAUGACCUUUCCUCCGACAACAAUGACCUGGUGGUGCUGAAGUCCCUCCUUGCAGGGCUCAGCCUUCCGAGCCGGGAUGGCAGAGCUGAUGGCAGCCUGGACGAGGAAGGUGAAGAUGAGCAUUCAGCCAAUUCCCUGCCACUGGUCAGCGUCUCCCUGUCCACCCCCUUGACUGCGGCUGACAUGGCCCCGCACAUGAAGAGGCUGUCCCGGGGCCAGACCGUUGAGGACCUGCUGGAGGCCCUGAGUGACAUAGACGAGAUGUCCCGGAGGAGACCUGAGAUCUUGGGAUUUUUCUCUACCAACCUUCAGCGGCUGAUGAGCUCAGCCGAGGAGUCCUGCCGCAGCCUGGCCUUUAGUCUGGCACUGCGCUCCAUCCAGAACAACCCCAGCAUUGCGGCUGACUUCCUGCCCACCUUCAUGUACUGCCUGGGCAGCCGUGACUUUGAGGUGGUGCAGACAGCCCUCAGGAACCUGCCUGAGUACACACUGCUUUGCCAAGAGCACGCAGCUGUGUUGCUGCACCGAGCUUUCCUGGUGGGAAUGUAUGGCCAGAUAGACACCAGCGCCCAGAUCUCCGACGCCCUGAAGAUCCUGCAUAUGGAGGCUGUGAUGUGACCUGUGAUGGCCACUACCCUUGACCUCAGUGCCAUGCUGAUUUCAUCAGAAGAUCUGCAAGGAUGGGCAGGCCUGGGAGCAGCUCUCCUGGACUAGCAGCUGGCACUGCCAUCCAAGGCCAUCCCACCUUCUGGUUAGGGCCUGUGCAGAGCCAUGGGGGGCACGGCCCAGUGUGAGGAGUGGCUGGCAUCCCAGGGAGGCCAGCAGAGCUGGCAUGUAAUGAAACAUUCUGAAUCCCCUA